AUGAGUUCCCAGACAGAAGUAAUCCGGCCAUGCGGCAACAUGGAAAAGUACUCAACAGCCCGACACUCCCUCGGCCUCUACCGCUGCGUCGCCGUCACCGGCCGCUACGCACUCCCACCAGGAGUCUCAACCCUCGACCAAGCACAGUCAAUUCUCCAAGACGCCGUCGCACAGGUCAUUGCAGAGCAACCCUUCAUGCAGGUCGGCAUCGCCGACGAAGACAAACAGACAGCCUCGUUCGUGCGCGUGCCACAAAUCAACUUGUCAAACCAUAUUCAGUGGUUCGGUCCGUCCCACCCCGGCUCCGGCUCCGGCUCCAGCCCCGAUUCCAGCGCCGGUGCCAGCGGUCCGGAUGCAACCCUCUGCAAACACCUAUCCCACCAACACGACCAGCUCUGGCCCGAGGUAGACCAGCGUCCACCAUGGAAGAUCUCUAUACUCCCAAUCCAAACCUCACCUGGUAAACCAGUAGCAGAGAUCGAAGUCAUCUACUUCUUCCACCACGCAAUCAGCGACGGCACAAGCGGCUCCAUCUUCCACAAACGCCUCCUCCACGCCCUAAACAACCCUUCCACCAUCCAACAUCUCCAAACCACCAUCCUCACCCUCCCAACCCCUCCAACGCUCCCCCUCCCACAAGAAAACCUCGUCAACAGCCACAUCUCUUGGCCCUACUUCCUUCGCGAACUAUGGUCCGCCUUCGGCCCUGCCUGGCUCAAACCGAAGCCAGCCGCGAAACCAUGGACGGGCGAAGCGGUACACCUCGACACGCCCUUUCAUACAAACGUCCGCAUCGUCACCCUCGAGGCCAGAACAGUCGCCGGCCUGCUAUCUGCGUCCCGCGCAAAGGGUCUAACGCUGACGCCCCUCAUCCACGCGCUGGUAGCAGCCUCCCUCGCGCGACAUAGCCCUGCCGAGACAGCACCGUCAUUUGAACCGUCUUCCGCCAUCAGCAUGCGCCGCUUCGUGCAGGACGCAAGUCUCGAUAUCGAUAAUACAAUGUGUGUUCUCGUUACGUCGACGAAUCAUCCCAUCUCCACGACCCUCACCACCGCACUCCGCGAACCUGCCUCCUUGGGCCCAAAUCUCGAAGACGCAAUCUGGGCCGUCGCAGCCUCCAUCAAAGGAGACCUCCAAACUCGGCUAACAAGCCUACCCAACGACGACAUCACGGCAAUGCUCCGCUACGUAAGCGACUUCCGCGACUUUUUCAGAAAAAAGGAUGGUAAGGCGAGGGGAAAUAGUUGGGAGGUGAGUAACCUGGGCGCCAUGAACGGCAGCACCACCACCACCACCACCAACAACAACAAAGACAACACCAGCGACAACCGCGGCGGCAGCAACAAUCACAGUCAGGGCGAGGAUAAGAACAACGGCCAGGACUGGAAACUAACCCGCGCCGUCUUCUCCCAAUCCGCCGGCACAGUCGCCCAAGCCUUCUGCGUCAACGUCGCCGGCAUCGCUGGCGGAGCGACGACGAUCACGGUGACGUGGAACGAGGCUAUUACCGAGACGGAGGUUGUCGAGGCGUUGGUUGGUGAUUUGGAGGUGUGGACGCGGAAGCUUGCCGAGGGUGGGAGCUUGUGA